AUUGCUCGUGGUAUAUUAAAUGGUCUUGCAUUCAUGCACCAAAGUAAUAUUCUACAUCGUGAUAUUCGUUGCGAAAACAUAUUGAUCACUGGUGGAUUUGAGGCUAGAGUUUCAAAUUUCAAAUAUAGCCAUGAUGUGUCCGAAAAAUCUUCUGAAAUCAAAAAUUUCCCUGAUGUCAUUCGAUGGCUAGCUCCAGAAAUGAUGCUGGAAACACCUAGUUAUUAUGACUUUCCUUGUGAAACUUAUAGCCGCGAAACUCUUGGAAUUGAAAAUGAUAAUUUACAGAUACCUAGAGAGCUUGCUGAGAUAAUUAAGUUAGCUUGGGAUGAUAAUCCUCUAAAGCGUCCUUCAGAUAUGGAUUUGCAGUUAAAAUUUAAAAAGCUUUAUGAUGAUCAUAUAGCUUCUAAAGUUCUUUCUCCUAAAAUACGCCCUGAAAAUAAUAAAGAGUUUCCAAUUUUUGAAACUCCUGAUGCUUCUGAUGGAGUUAAUUUAGACGAUUUUUCGAUACCUGAC